AUGAUUGAUAAUAAAGUGAUAACAAUACAUGAGGAAUGGCAUCCAAUUCUAGGUGAAGAAAUACCUUUAAUUGAACUCCGUGAUUAUGUUAAGCUCAGUAAAAUUUUAGCACCUCCAAAAUUGGCAAUUCAUGAAAGGAAUGGAAGUGUUGCUUAUGUUCUUCACUACAUUCGCCAGAAAGUUAAAAUGUGGGGGGUUGAUGUUCUUAAAGCAGAAAAUAUUAAAACUUUGGUUGAGGAAAAUGAUGAUGAUUCUGAUUCUGAAGACCAAGUUGUUGGGAAAAAUCAAUUGUCUCGAUUUGAUUGCAUUGCUAGUUUGCUUGCCUCUGUUGAAUGCACUGUAGCUCAAGAUAUCUUUCGAACCUUAUCACAAUUUCCAAUUGCACUCCCCUUGACAAUACCUGAAUUAGACAAAAAAGAAAUGUUUAAAGUGAUGCUUCCUUUGCUUGUUGGUCCAGUUAUCAAAUGGGAAACAAAACCUGGGACAAUCAUUGAAAACCACCUUUUCAAUGAUCAUUUCAAAUUGAUUGUUGCCAUUCGAAUUGGAACAAACUCUCCAGGAAAAAGUGUCAUUCUUAAUCAAUUAAUGACUUCAGAUUCUAUGUUCUCUUCAAGUAGUGAGCCAGGAGCAGAAUAUGGAAUUCCACAUAUGAUUAAUGGAAGUAUUGAAUUUACUUGGUUGACCCAAGAAACUUGUGGAGUGGGUUUGUGGAAUGAAGUUUUUGAAAAUUAUUAUAAAGGAGCAAAAGAGAUUGUUUUACUUGCAAAUUUACAUGGUGAUGCUUUAGAUUAUCCAGAUCAAAUUAAAUUUUUAAAGCAACUUCCUUCUAGUUUCUUAGUUUUUUUAAUGCCUGAAUGUACUGAUAAUCAAAUAAAUGAACUUGAGGCUCUAAUUGGUUCCAAAAAAAUAAUAUAUGGCUGGGUGAAUCACGUAGACAAAAAGAAAUACAUGAUUGACACCAGAUUUUUAACAAAAGACAAGAUGUUAAAAAAAGUGCGCAUGAUGUUUAAAGAAGCCUUAGAUUUUGAUAUUUCAUCAUUCAGUGCUAAUGAACUUGAACUGGGAGGAUCACUUCAAUUGACUGAAGGCAUUGAACUUGAUGAGUCUCAACUUUUGGCAGAUUUUGUUAAAGAUAAAACUUGUUGUCACAUUAAACUAGAAGUAAUGCAGCUUCAAAGAAAACCACAUAAUGAAUCCCAAAUUUGGAAAGAUAAUUCUGAAUUGCAACAUUUAAUAUCAUUGUACAUAAACAUUUUAAAACUACCUCUUGACAAGAGGAUACGAGCCCUAGCACAUCUUGAAAGAGAAGUAUCUAGGCUUUCUAUGAUGGAAUCCUCUGAGGCUCGAAAUCAAGCUGUGUUGAAAAGAGAAGAAUUACUUGAUGGCAGGAGUUUAGGUUUGGAGCAUUUUUUUCGUGAAUUGGGGCAAAUCUAUAUGAUUUCUUCUGUCAAUGAUCCAGGAAGUGAAAUUGUUUUGAAGUUACCAGAACUUUAUGCUCAACUGUUAAUUAGUGGUCACAGUAUAGAAUUACUUGAUGGUGAUGCUGGAGCUAUAUCUGAAGCUUGGUUCUCAGCCAUUUGUGGACGUAUUUGUAAUGCAUAUCCUGGACUUAGAAUUUUUGUAGUCAGCAUACUUGGUUUACAAUCAUCAGGCAA